GAGCAGGUGUGUAACGGGAAUUAGGGCAUUCCCCAAAUCUGCAGAAUUGAUUUUAGAGUCUAGUUUAGGGUUGCAUGAAAAAUUGGUGAGUUUAAAAGGUGAUCAGCUUGCAGGAUGAAACAAGCACUCCUGCUAGUGGAGCAGAAUUAGCUCCUGUGAGGGGAAAGGCUGGUUAGCUGGGAACUGCUUUGUCUGGAGCAAAUCCUCAUGAGUACUGUGCAAGUUAUGGAAUGAAUUCACUUUUAUCAGCUGCACAAGAGAAUGGGCUUGUUAUAUCUCUGUACUGAAAUCUGCGGCAUUUCUUCCAAAGGACCGUGACAGCUUCCAGCCGUGCUCCCGGAACCACAGAUACCUGAAGAUGAAACCAUGAAGAGCAAGCUGAGUGAAUAAUAAUAAUGCUUUUCCGAAACCGUUUUCUGUUCUUGCUGGCCUUGGCAGCCUUAUUAGCCUUUUUGAGCCUCAGUCUACAAUUCUUGCAUUUAAUCCCAGUGAACCCUGUCAGGGAAGAUGGGUUGAAUCCUAAGAGCCGGAAGAGAAUAAUGCCUGAUUUGCUGACGGAGCCUCCUGCCAUAGACCCCGUGUAUGAAGCUCACGUUUACUGCAAUGUUCCCAGCAUUGCUGAGCGCAGCAUGGAAGGUCAUGCCCCUCAUUAUUUUAAGCUGGUGUCAGUUCAAGUGCUGAUUCGACACGGUGAUAGAUAUCCCCUGUAUGCCAUUCCCAAGACAAAGAGACCUGACAUCGACUGUAUGUUGGUGCCCAGCAGGAAACCUUCUCAUCCUCAGCUUGAAGCCUUCAUUAAGCAUAUGUCCAAAGGGUCUGCAGCCCAAAUGGAUGGCUCUCUGAGCAGCCUGCCUCACUUCCCCAGUCAUUCCCUGUGUGAAAUGGGAGAGCUUACACAGACAGGGGUCGUACAACAUUUGCGAAACGGACAGCUGCUGCGGGAAAUUUACAUCAACAAACACAAACUGCUCCCUGGCGACUGGACAGCCAAGCAGCUCUACUUGGAGACCACAGGGAAAAGCCGAACCCUGCAGAGCGCGUUGGCGCUGCUCUACACCUUUUUGCCAGAUUUUGACUGGAAGAAAAUCAAUAUGAGGCACCAGUGGAGCACCAUUUUCUGCUCGGGAAGCUGCGAUUGUCCCAUGAGAAACCACUACCUAGAAGAGGAGCAGCGCAGGCAGUACAGCUUACGGGUGAAAAACAACGAUUUGGAGAAAAUAUAUGUGGAUAUGGCAAAGAUUGUGGGCAUUCCCACCAGGCAGCUGAGAGCUUCUAACCCAAUCGAUUCUCUCUUGUGCUAUUUCUGUCAUAACGUCUCAUUUCCGUGUACCAAAGCUGGCUGCAUUGGUAUGGAACACUUCAAAGUAAUCAAGAGACACCAGUUGGAGGACGAGAGAGAGAGGCAGGAAAAGAAACUUUACUUCUUGUAUGCACUAUUGGCCACUCAUCCUCUCCUCAACCAGACUGUCAAUCGGCUGCAGCGUAUUGCAGAGGGCAAGAAGGAAGAAGUGUUUGUUCUCUACUCUGCACAUGAUGUCACCUUGUCACCUGUUCUUAGUGCCUUGGGCAUUACAGAGGCCAGAUUUCCCAGAUUUGCUGCCAGAUUAGUUUUUGAGCUGUGGCAGGAUGGGAAGAGGCCCAAAGAACACUUUAUCCGCAUCCUGUACAAUGGUGCUGAUGUCACAUUCCAGACCUCGUUUUGCAAGGAUCAUUAUAAACGUUCCAGCAAACCAAUGUGCCCACUAGAAAAAUUCGUCAACUUUGUCAAGAGGGAUAUGUUCUUAAUUUUUAACAGUACAAGCUACUAUGAUGCAUGUCAUAGGAAAGCACUGUAGGGAAAGGCAGAGGAAAGGAGACAGUGUUAACUUAUGUCAGUGAUCUGUUUUCUAGCGGAGGCACGGUUCAGUUUUCCUGUAUUUUUCUGUGCAAGUACAGAAGGGUAAUGCUUGAAACAUUCUUCAAAUAGUUUUAUUUUCAUUCAGGCUGCAGAUGGCCUUCAGUAGAAGAGCAAAUGCCAAGGGUUAUGUGCGUGUGUAGGCUCACAAAUGCUGUUAACUGUUGUGAUAAACCAUGUGGGUGAAUGUAACCUGGCCCUUGCUUGAUAGAGUGAGAGAGCACAGACUUUGUGUUUCUCUGUUCCAGAGCAAUACUUGGAUAGCGUGAGUUUAAAGCCAAAACUACAUUUUUUUCCACCAUCAUCCCAGAGUCAUUUUAAGCAGUUCAUGUCAGGGUCAUGAUGAAUUCCAGGUGUCCGCAUUAAGGCAUUUGUAAGGAACUUUUGAAUUUCUUUACUCAGAGGAAGCCUUCUAAUAUUAUGGGGCAGGUCCUUAAAGCAAAGUGCAUGUAUGUGUGUGUGAACACUUCCCUGAGCACGUACAAAUGAGCGUGUGCCUUUUGCACCUCACAGACCUAGAAACCCUUGGCUACUGUUGCCAGUGCCAGAGAAGGGUGUACUGGAACAGGGAUACAAAACUCUACUCUUUGAUCGCACUUUCAGCACUUUGAAUAGUUCAAACACAGUCUAGAAACAUGUAAAGGCCUUGUGAUGUUAAAGUAGAUGGCAAACACUAACAGUACCACUAAACCUGAGUGGGAAAUUAGGGCUAGAAAUCAGUUUUAUGGUGAAGUGUUGGGCUCUUUCCCAUUGUGAGCAUGUUCAAGCCGUUGUGCUGUGGAACAAAUCAGUAUUUUAGGAAUUUGCUAUGGUGACUGCUUGAGACAGCUUGACUAAAUACUGAGAAAACUUUGUAGUUGAGUUAGUAUUUUUAUGGACUAGGAAGCUCUUAUUUUGUAAGACCAGACUUGUAAAUAUUGUACUGUGUAUAUUUAUAGCACAGUAGAUCUUUCUUACUUGUUUAGUUUGUAAAGACUUGUGGAGGUCACUUUUUAGGCAUUUUUUCCCUUGAUCAGGAUGUUUAGACUUAAGAGUAAACUGUCUGUUUUGGGUAAUUCGAACAAUGAGUAGAUAUGAAAAUUUCAGACUGCUUUCAUCUCUGUAGGAGUAUGUCUUGGUUUUGAAAAGACAGGUGUCUGCUAAGGAGAGGCAGGCCUCUCUAGGAAAUGAGGAAUUUGAAUCCUUCCCUCCGUGUUAUUAUAAUUUGGAAGAUUAAAAAAAUAAAACUUUUCAGUCAGAGCUAUGGGGAAAAGGAAUAACAGUCCUUUACUAGUAAAUAUAACAGGACAGACAAAAACCAACAGCAAUUAUAACAAUAGUAGAACAGAACCAAGAACCCCGAGGGCACACGGUGGAAGCUCCGGCGCUGAUGGCUGGAAGCCGGGCGCGGUGGACUGUCCUCCGCAGGCAGGGGGUGUCCUCGGCAGGCAGAGGUGGCAGUGCCGGAGAAGCUGCAGCGGCGGGACCCGGUCUCACCCAAAAUCCAGCAGGAUAGCGAAGAAAUUCCGAAUUCCUGGAUACUCCAACAGAUGGUAGAAUUCCCAGGACCAGACUCCUUCGUUACCCGUGGACUCCAGAAGCCAGCCGUGGCCCGAUCCGUGCUUCCCCCCCCGGAAGAAGAAAAGAAAAGAAAAAACCGCGAGAUCCCCCCACCCUCCGCUCUCUCCGGGAGCUUUUUUCCCUCCCCCAAAACUAAGUUAUCAGUUCUUUUGUCCACGUUAAGCACUCAGCACUUAGUCUCCUAGCAACUUGGGAGGGGGGAAAAAAUUCCACAGAGACUUAAACCCCAACAUUAUCCACCCCGAAUUUUUUUCCCACACCAACAUAUUAUAUUGAACUUAAAUCUUUAAAUAAUAUACAUAUAUAUACAUGUGAAUAUAAAUACAGACACAGUCACAGUGUUCACCGAAAAACAAGGUCCCCUUGAGGUAUGCAGCGGGUCCCUCCAUCCUUUUGCAUCACCCACCAUGUGCAGCCAGGUCCCUGAGCAAAAACAACCCCAGGAGCGGGAUUGUCUUUGCUGGAGGCAGAAUUAAUCCAAACAGUUUUUCCCAGCAUUCCUCUCAUGUGUACUACGGGAACUUUAUCUCCAUCUCUUGUUCCCAGGGGCUCAGAUUGGGCGGGGCCUGCUCGGUUGGUGGAACCUCGAGUGUUCACUAACCAGGUGGCCUUUGCUAAAUUAUUCUCCCAGUUCUUAAAAGUCCCCGCACCCAGUGCCUUCAAAGUGGUUUUAAGCAGGCCAUUGCAUCGUUCAACCUUCCCGGCUGCUGGCGCAUGAUAGGGGAUAUGGUACACCCACUCAAUGCCAUGUUCUCUAGCCCAGGUGUUUAUAAGGCUGUUCUUG